AAAGUAAAAAACAGCUGGCCCGAAACUACGACAUCUUCAACCGUCCUAGUGGAUAAACAAAUAUUUAUCUUUGGAGCAAAAACAAAAUUUGAUACGGAACUAGUUUUCUUACAGAACAAAUUUUUGGACUCAGAGUAUUUGGACUAUUUUUCAUGUUCGUAAGUGUAUACGCACUCACUUUCCAGUGAGAGCAUUUUUGAAGGGCACGUUUUUCUCCUCUUAUUUAUUUUCUCCGACAUUCAACUGUUCAGCAAUGUCAAUUCCUCUCACCUCUCGCUACGUGGCGGUGAUCGGAGCAGGAGCCGCCGGCCUCGCGGCCGCACGUGAACUCAGCCGCGAGGGCCACAAAGUCGUCGUCUAUGAACGAGAUGCCCAAAUUGGUGGUACAUGGGUCUACAAUCCGCGGGUUGAACCAGACCCGUUAAGCCUCGAUCCAGGCCGACCCAUAAUCCAAUCGAGCCUCUACAGCUCUCUCCGCACCAACCUGCCUAGAGAAGCGAUGGGUUUCGGAGACUACCCGUUUAUACCCAAAAAUGAUAAGAUGAGAGAUCCAAGAAGGUUUCCGGGUCACAGAGAGGUGUUAUUCUACUUGCGAGAUUUUGCGAGGGAAUUUGAGAUUGAGCAGUUGGUGAGGUUUGAGACUGAGGUUGUGUACGUCGGGUUAAUGGAGGAUAGUAACAAGUGGAAAGUAAGGUCUAAAAGGAAAAAAUGUGAUAACUUUGGCAAUAGUGAUGUUAAUUUUGAAUAUGACGAAGAGAUUUUUGAUGCUGUUGUGGUUUGUAAUGGUCAUUUCACUGAACCUCGUGUUGCUGAAAUAGCAGGCAUCAGUGCUUGGCCGGGGAAGCAAGUGCAUAGCCACAAUUACCGUGUUCCUGAGCCCUUUCGAGAUCAAGUGGUAGUUUUGAUUGGGAAUGCAGCAAGUGCUAUGGAUAUAUCCAGGGAUAUUGCUGUAGUUGCCAAAGAGGUCCAUGUUGCCUCAAGAUCAGUUGUAGACGAAACACACGAAGAGCAGCCUGGAUAUGAUAACAUGUGGCGUCAUUCUAUGAUACAAAGUGUGCAUGAAGAUGGUUCUGUGGUCUUCCGAAAUGGGAGGGUUGUCCUUGCAGAUACCAUUCUACAUUGCACCGGGUACAAGUAUCAUUUCCCUUUUCUUGAAACCCAUGGCAUUGUGACUGUGGAUGACAAUCGUGUUGGACCAUUAUACAAGCAUGUUUUCCCACCAGUUUUGGCUCCAUGGCUUUCAUUUGUUGGGUUACCAUGGAAGGUUCUUCCUUUCCGAAUGUUCGAGUUUCAAAGCAAGUGGAUUGCUGGCGUUUUAUCGGGUAGGAUUGUGCUUCCAUCACAAGAGGAAAUGAUGAAAGAUAUUGAAGCAUUCUACCUGUCACUUGAAGCUUCAAAUAUAUCAAAAAGAUACACUCAUGAUAUGAGCGUGUCUCAGUUUGAGUAUUACAAGUGGAUUGCUGUUCAGUGUGGAUUUGAAGAGUUGGAAGAAUGGAGAACGGAAAUGUUUUUUGCGGCUUUGAAGAACCUCCUCUUGAACCCAGAAAAAUAUCGUGAUGAAUGGGAAGAUGAUAACCUGAUCUUGGAAGCUAUUCAAGACUUCACCGAAUGUAAUUUAAGAACAUAAACAGAGAGUUCAUAAACGUGUAAACGAGUUAAUGUUAAGCUCUGUGUCUGUCCCAACAGGGACAUCAAACCUAUACCCAUAUCCAUCUGUGUACUAAAAACAUUAACUUUAAUUCUUUAAUGACAAAAAUAAAAACAAAAAUUAUGUGGCCUGAAUCAUUACCGAAAA